AUGCCUUCUACUGAAACAUCCACACACCACCAAUCACCUCAGUCCUCAACCGUGUCUGAUAUCAAGCUGUCCUACGUGAUCCUGUUCGAAGACGCUAUCAUCGGCAUCAGCACGAUUGGCGUUGACGGCUCCUGGGAUUUCGCGCAAGUCUCCACCUCGCAACGGAAACGACCGAGAGAGGAUGAGGACUUGGACGACGCAGGAGUUUCAAAAAAAUUCUUCGAAGGACCAAUGAUCACCUCGUCGCCUUCUACCGUCGCGUCAUACGAGUUAGUCAAAGAAUUGCAAGCGAACCGGGGUUACCGUAUCGCCAAUGACCGUCCGGCAAUGGAUGUCGGAGCACCCCCCAUCGCACUCUUGUACCAUGGAUUCGGACGCUUUUUUGACUGCAUGUCCAGUGAUUCAACAGAUCCCACUGAUGGCGUUGAUACCCACAGACUCGAAAAGGCCGUCGACACGUUCAGCGCCGCAAUGUGCAAAUAUUAUCAUGACGAAUUUGACCGCAGGGACGUAGCCCUGCCUCUUUUAGAUGAUAUUUUCAAUUCUCAUUCCGAAUCACAUAAGCUCACUCCGCUUGCUGCCGCAAUGGUCUAUCAGGAGCGCCGCUCUGAUGGGCAUGCAUUCGGACCACUCGGUGCGAUCGAGAUGAUCGUGGAAGUCAAGAAUGAGUUGUGCGCUUCGGAUUCUGACCCGGAGAUACUACUCGCUGCGCACUAUACUCAGUCGCUAAUGAAAGAAGCUCGGAAACAUACCCCAUAUUCUGUGUUCCCCGCGUUAGGAUCAAGCGUCGGCUUUUAUGCGCUAGCGUUGGUGGAUAGGACAAAAUUGGUGGCGCUGACGCCGCUGUAUUGCUUGUCCACCGACCUCGAAGACUACUGGACGAGGCCUGCUCUGUUAAAAGCAUUCCGGAGUGCUUGCAUCCUUCGUUUUCAUAUUCACAACGACAAUCAGCAGUUCAUGACGAUAAGCAAUCCGCUACCUCUGCAGAGGUAUCUGCCAUACGUCAGAGAGGUCGCUGCGUGGCCAGCCGAUACUACAGGGAAAGUCCUAUCUAUCACUCUACGAGAGUCUGCCCACCAAGGAGCGACCAUGCAGUAUCCGAAUCGAUUCAUCUAUGUUGGCACUGCGAAAGGGGUCCCGGGGAAAGUUCUGGUCAAGUUUACCCACUCCUACUUUGUGCAGCUGCAUGACUUUUGCGCCGCACGGGGUCACGCACCAAAGUUGCUGGGCUACGGCGUUGAUCUCAAGAAGCUGGCGAACGACUUCCAUGCGCAUGGGUGGGUGCACGGUGAUCUCCGGGCGGCGAACCUGAUUGUCCGCAAAACCAAACCGGAGCAGGUGCAACUCAUCGACUUCGGCUGGGCCGGAGAUCUCAAUGCAGGACAGGUUCAUUAUCCAACUACACUCCUCAACGAAGAAUUGACGGAUGGCGAAGACCCGAACGACUUGCUGAUCACGAAGGAACGUGAUGAUCGCGUGCUUGCAAAUACGUUGAAUGACUUGGGUGAAGUUGGUGCAGCCGCGCCGGUUACAAACGACGGUCCAGUGGUGCGGCACACCCACGCGAAGAAGGUCGAAAGGUCAUAUUUUAAGACAGUAAUAGGACAGUAG